CUCAAUCAAUCGAAUCAAAAGUUGACGAAUUUAUCUUUCCAUCAACACUUCAAACAGCAUGUCUCCCACGACCCCUAGCCACGGUCAAAAGGUCGAUCUCGGUCAGAACGCUCCUGUUAAGCAGGAGGGUGCUGGUACAAUCCCCAAUGAGUCCCUUGCUGCCGAGUCCUUGAAGGAGGGCGGCGAGUUCACCUCCAACGAGGGUAUCCACGGCGAGAACCAGCCCACCUCCAGAUCCGAGAACACCAGCGCUGGCCGCAACACCAACAUCUCUUCCGCUCCCAGCUCCGGAUCUGCCUCAAAGUCCAGCGACUCUGCUCCCAAGUCUCUGGCCGGCACUGCUCCGAGCUAUGUCGAAAACCAGUACAUCAAGGCUCCUGGUGGACCUCACGGCAAGAACCUGAAGGAGGGCAUUGACGAUUCGAACACCAAGGAUGGUCUGAAGAAGGCCUUGGGGUCUGAGCCUGGUAGCCAGGAUGAUCCUAGCAGACUUGCUGAGCAACAGUUCCAACAGAACCAGACUGCCGCUGGUCGGGAUGCUGGUCCCAAGCAGAGUGAGCUUGAGGGCAAGACAGCUUUCGAUGCUCUUAAUAACGAGACUUCCUCUUAAUUUGGGGAUGAUAAUAUCUGUACUAUAGCGACUGUUCAAUGAUGAAAUGACUUCAUGAGACAAUAACGCUGGCCUGUUUCUGUGAUACAAUU